AUGUUGGGAGAUGAAAAAGAAACUUAAUUAAGUAAGUAUAGAGAGCAAGUUAUUCAUGCUGAAACUUUGAAUAUGAUGGCUAAAUACUAAUUAAUAUUUUUAAAGAUGGAAAUCUCUAUGAGAAAAGUAGCAUUAAUUAUAAAAUUAAAGUAAUACUAACUGUUAAUAGUAGAGGAAAUUAAUAAAAAUUUUAUGCCUUUAGAAAACUUAAGAAAACUACUAAUUAUAGUGUUGAUCAUUUUAAAGUGUUAUUUACUUAAAUAGCAUUAAAAUAUUAAUAAGUUGGAUUAAUUAUUCAAAAAAAAUAAAAAAGAAAUUUGCAUCAUGCUUUCUUAAAAGUUCGCUUAUUAUUUCCCAAAAAUAAAAAUGAUAAAAUUAGAAGAUCCUUUUUAUAAGUUAUUGCUUCAAAAGAUGCUGAAAUUAAAAAUCUAUAAAUUAAAGAACAAGAAAUUACAGAAAAUAUAACAAAUUAAAAGUUAAAAGAAUAAGAACUAUAAUCAAAAUUAAAAUAAAAAGAAUUAAUCUUAACUUAACUUGAAAAUGAAUUAAGAAAAAAUUCAGCUAAUAAAACACUUGAUUCAAAAGUAUUUAAUAUGAUAAUAUUAUUAAGUUAAGAAAUUUAGAAGUUGAAAAUUAAGAAAUGUAAGAUCGAAUUAUGGGUACUGAAGAUUCUGUUAGUCUAUUUAUAAGAGAGAUGAAUGAUAUGUUGGAUGGUCAUGAAAUUAGUACAAAUUUAGGUAAAAUUUAUAAUACAAUUUAUAGGAAUAGAUUCAGAUGAAAAUUAAUCUUAUGAAUAACCACCUUAAGUUAUAGAAUAUUAAAGUCAACGUUUGAAUUAAAAUUCAAGAUAACAAAAAUCUAAGAACUUUUACUCUAAUUAAUUGACAAGGAGUACUAAAAUUAAUUGA